AAAAGAGAGUAAUUUCAUUCAUAUUAUCAAUUGGUAAGCAAAAGUUGUUUCUACUGCUUACCCUUUCCACUGACUGCGUAUGCCUUUUACGUAAUUAUUAACUGUGAAGUGUGUAUGCUCAGCAGCAGCAGCAGCAGCUCGGCAGCAGCAGCUACAAUGAAGUACAUACUGGUGUCCGGUGGUGUAAUCAGUGGCAUCGGUAAGGGUGUCAUUGCGAGCAGCAUCGGAACGAUACUCAAGUCAUGCGGCCUUCGUGUGACCUCUAUCAAGAUCGACCCCUAUAUCAACAUAGACGCAGGCACCUUCUCUCCAUACGAGCACGGUGAAGUCUACGUCCUGGACGACGGGGGAGAGGUUGACCUUGACCUUGGCAACUAUGAGCGCUUCCUUGACAUCAAGCUCCACAGUGACAACAACAUCACGACGGGCAAAAUCUACCAGUAUGUCAUCAACAAGGAACGGAAGGGAGAUUACCUCGGGAAGACCGUGCAGGUGGUGCCACACAUCACCGACACAUACAGGAGUGGGCUUCGAGCGUGUCGCCAAGAUCCCUCGUCGACGACACAAACGAAGAACCUUGAAGUCUGCAUCAUCGAGCUCGGCGGCACGAUUGGCGACAUAGAGGGCAUGCCGUUUGUCGAGGCAUUUCGGCAGUUCCAGUUCCGUGUCAAACAAGAGAACUUCUGUGUUGUGCACGUCAGCCUUGUUCCACAGCCGAAGGCUACCGGCGAACAAAAGACAAAGCCAACGAGCACAACGCAACGCGAGCGUGCAGGGAGCGUAAUUUGCAUUCACGAUCUGUCUAUCUACCGCGUGCCACUACUGCGGGACCAGGGAGUCAUCGACUAUUUCCGCGAACGACUUAAGCUCACGUUUUGCACAAAACCCAAGCGAUUUCUUAGCAAGUGGAAGGAGCUGGCAGAAAGACAUGAGAAGCCAUAUGAUGUCGUCAGCAUUGCACUGGUCGGUAAAUAUACAGAGCUGGAAGAUUCAUACAAUUCUGUGACAAAGGCACUGAGGCAUUCCGCACUGGCCUGCAAAAGAAAGGUCGACAUCAAGUUUAUUGAAGCAGAUGAUCUGGAGGAUGCUGUUCAGAAGAUGGAUCCGAUACGAUUUCACAACGCAUGGCAGAAGCUGUGUGCCA